GACUGGCACCCAACACUCCCCAACAUGGGUCCCGGCGUGGUCUCCCUGCUCCUGGGGCUCAGCCUGUGCCCCCUGCUGCCCGGCGCCGACCCCCCCCCCAACAGGCCAGACAACAGGCCACCGGGGCCACCUGGGCCACCCAGGGAACCAUGGGAACAUGGUGGGUGGGGCCAUCCCAGGAGGAAGCCCGGAGAAUGCCCUGAGGAUGUGGAUCUCCCAAGAUGCCGCGGGGCCAAUAACAACCCAGAGAACAAGCCAGAAUGCGACAGCGACCGAGAAUGUGACGGCGAUAAGAAAUGUUGCUUCUCCGCCUGCAAGUACAAGUGCCUGCUGCCCCUGCAAGAUAAGGGGGAUUUCUGCCCGGACUAUACUGGCCGUAUGUGUAUCCGCUCUCUGCCCGAUAAAUGCCACCAACACAGUCAGUGCCAGGGGACAGAGAAGUGUUGCUAUAACGACUGCCGCCGACAGUGCACCCCGACUGUAAAAGAAAAACCUGGAAACUGCCCCCGGCCCGAGAUAUUCUGCUCCCACCGUGACUGGCAGGACGGGCGCGGAUCCUGCACAACUGACCGUGACUGCCCGGGGAGGGAGAAAUGCUGCGCGCCAAGGUGCCGCCGGGAGUGCAAGAAUGUUGAUGGAGAGAGACCAGGUAAAUGCCCGGAGAUGCGAGACAGAGACGACAGGCGCUGCUGGGGGCCCCCCCGCCAUGAAUGUGCCAACGAUGACUUUUGCCUUAGGGGGCAGAAAUGCUGUACCAUUGGCUGCUGGCGCCAGUGCGUGUAUGUCUGAGGGGCAGAAAGAAAUCGGCCUGUUGCAUGGAGCGUAUCUGGGGGUGAAGGUAUGAACCCCACCCUGUGCCGGAGGGAGUGGGGAUGCUCUGCCGCCCAGCAGGGGAGGCUUCUCAUGCUAUUUGCUUAACAGAUUUGGCCUAAUGGUGCAAUGUUUGGCUUGGGGCUUGUUGCUUUGGGGGGCACUUGCCCUGUACAUGCCCCUCUGCCGCUCAAUGUCUCUGGGCACAAUAAAGGAGAUGUUAUGACUGGG